AUGGCCCCGCUCCCGGCCCCGCUCCCCCCGAGCCGCCCCCGGGCCCGGAUCGCGCUCCCGGUGCCGCUCCCGGUGCCGCUCCCGUUCCCGGUGCUGCUCCCGGUGCUGCUCCCGGUGCUGCUCCCGCCGCUCGCCGCCUUCAACCUGGAGGCGUCGCGGCCCGAGGUUUUCCGCGGGGCCCCCGGGUCCUUCUUCGGGUUCGCGUUGGAUUUUUACCUGCCCGAGCCCCGCAGUGUCAGCAUCCUGGUGGGGGCCCCCAAGGCCAACACGAGCCAGCCCAACGUCACCCAGGGGGGGGCCGUGUUCCGCUGCCCCUGGCCCCCCACGGGCGGCUGCGACCCCAUCGACUUCGACCACAUCGGGACCCGCACCCACGACUUUGGGGGCAACAGCAGCGACAGCGCCGCGCCCGUGGAGUUCAAAUCGCUGCAGUGGUUCGGGGCCACCGUGCGGGCUCAUAACGGGUCUAUACUGGCCUGCGCCCCCCUGUACAGCUGGAGCCCCCCCAAGGACGAGGGGGGGUCCCGCGAGCCCGUGGGCUCCUGCUUCCUGUCCCUCGGCAACUUCUCCAAGUUCGUGGAGUACGCGCCCUGCCGCUCGGACCUGAACUCGGCGGCGGGGCAGGGGUACUGCCAGGGGGGCUUCAGCGCCGAGUUCACCCAGAGCGGGCGGGUGCUGCUGGGGGGGCCCGGGAGCUUCUUCUGGCAAGGACAGGUCAUGUCGGCCACCCAGGAGCAGAUCGCGGCCGGGAACUUCCCCGAGUACCUGAUCCAGGACGUGCCGGGACAGCUCCAGACGGGGCAGGCGGCGCCGAGCCACGAUGACAGUUAUAUGGGGUACUCGGUGGCCGUCGGGGAGUUCAGCGGUGACAGCACGCCAGAUUUCGUGGCCGGUGUCCCCAAGGGCAACCUCACCUAUGGCUAUGUCACCAUCCUCAACGGCUCCAACAUGAGGUCCCUGUACAACUUCUCGGGGAGCCAGAUGGCCUCGUACUUCGGCUACGCCGUGGCGGCCACCGACGUCAACAACGACGGCCUCACGGAUCUCCUGGUGGGCGCCCCCCUGUUCAUGGCCCGCAGCGGGGCCGGGGGGGCUCGGGAGCUGGGCCGGGUGUACCUGUACCUGCAGGGGGGUGAGGGAGGGGCCCGAGACCCCCCCCAGCCCCCCCAGCCCCCCCUGACCGGAGCCCACGAGUUCGGGAGGUUCGGCAGCGCCAUCGCCCCCCUGGGGGACCUGGACCGGGACGGAUACAACGACGUGGCCGUGGGUGCCCCCCUGGGCUCGGACGGUCGCCGCGGGCUCGUGUUCAUUUUCCGGGGGGGGGUCUCGGGGCUGCGCCCCCGCCCCGCCCAGGUCCUGCGGGGGCUGGGGGGACCCCGGAGCCAACCCGACUUCUUCGGGGCCGCGCUCAGGGGGGGCAGCGACCUGGACGGCAACGGCUACCCGGAUCUCCUCGUUGGCGCCUUCGGGGCGGACACGGCGCUGGUGUACAGGGGUCGCCCCAUUGUCCACGCCAGCGCCACCCUGGCCAUUGUCCCCACCAUGAUCAACCCCGAGGAGCGCGGCUGCGUCCUGGCCACGGGACACGCCGUGCCGUGUGUCAAUGUCACCUUCUGCCUGAACGCCUCGGGACGUCACCUGCCCGGGCCCAUCGGGCUGGCUCUGGAGCUCUCCGUGGACGCGCCCAAGCCGGGGGGGUCGCGGCGCGCGCUGUUCCUGGGGGGGGGCGCGGGGGGGGCGCUCCCCUCCCCCACCCGGAACCUGAGCCUGGAGGUGCCCAACGGGGGGACCCCGAGGUGCCGGACACUGGGGGUGUACCUGAGGAACGAGUCCGAGUUCCGGGACAAGCUGUCGCCCAUCCCGGUGUCGCUGUCGCUGUCACUGGACCCGGCCGUGUCCCCUCCCCCGCCGGGGCUGUCCCCGCUGCUGGCGCCGAGCACGCGCACGCGCCUGGAGGCCAAGGCUCACAUCCAGCUGGACUGCGGUGAGGACAAUGUCUGUGUGCCCGACCUGCAGCUGGAGGCCACCGCGGACCGCCGGGCCGUGUUCCUGGGGGACAGGAACCCCCUGAACGUGACGUUCCAGGCGCGGAACGUGGGCGAGGGGGGCGCGUACGAGGCCGAGCUGCUCGUGCGGCCCCCCCCGGGAGCGCUGUACUCGGGGGUGCUGCGGCCCCACGGGAAUUUCUCGGCCCUGAGCUGCGAGCUGGGCGGGGGCAACGCCUCGAGCCCGGUGCUGUGCGACCUGGGCAACCCCAUGAAGGCGGGGGCCAGCAUUUGGGGGGGGCUGCGCUUCACCCUCCCCCAGCUGAGCGACAGCGGCGGCAGCGUCCGGUUCGAGCUGCAGAUCCGCAGCAAGAACGCCAACAACUCGCAGAGCGCCGUGGUGCCGGUGGCGCUGGCAGUGAGGGCGGCCACCAGGGUCACCGUGUUCGGGGUGUCCCGGCCCGACGUUGUCACCGUCCCCGAGGGGGGGUGGGGACCCGACCCCCCCCAGCGGCUGCAGGACCUGGGGCCACCCGUGGAGCACGUCUACGAGGUGGUGAACGAGGGUCCCAGUGCCAUCAGCCACGGCACCCUGGAGCUGAGCUGUCCCCUGGGCCACCGCGGCCACCCCCUGCUCUACGUCACCGGCCACUCGGGGCUGCACAACUGCACGGCGAGCCACGGCCCCGACCCGCUGGGGCUGCAGGAGCGCGAGCCGAGCCCGGGCCCGCACGCGCUGCAGCGCCGUGACACCGGCGGGGACACCGUUGGGGACAUCGGGGACACCCUGGUCUGUCCCGAGGCCGAGUGUUUCCGGCUGAGCUGCCCCUCGGGGGGGCUGGAGCGGCAGCAGCGGGUCAGUCUGCGCUUGACCUUCCGCCCGCGGACCCCCCCCCUGCGCCAGCGGGAGCUGGGCCCGCUGUCCCUGCGCUGUGACGCCGAGUUCCGCGUGCUGCGGCUGCCGUACCGCGUGCGGCCCGAGAGCUACCCCCGGCACCGGCUGCAGGUGGUGACGGCGCUGGCCUGGGCGCGCCCCGAGGCCGCGGGGGGGGUCCCGGUGUGGGUGGUGGUCCUGGCCGUGCUGCUGGGGCUGCUCCUGCUCGCCCUGCUCUGCUACGGCCUCUACAAGCUCGGGUUCUUCAAGCGCUCGGGGCCCUACGGCACCGCCAUGGAGAAGGCGCAGCUCAAACCCCAGGCGGCCUCCGAGGCCUGAGGGGACCCUGCAGUGACAGGGCCACCCCCGGGGGGGGGACAGCCCCGGCUUGGGGACCCUGCGGUGACAGGGCCACCCCUGGGGGGGGACAGCCCUGGACUGGGGACCCUGCGGCGAGGGACACCUCAGGGCUUGGGGACACUCCAGGACUUGGGGACAUCCCCAUGGCUUGGGGACAUCUCACAGCUUGGGGACACCUCAGGACCUGGGGACAGUGUCACCUGCACAGCUGGGGAUCCCCACACAUGGCUUGGGGACAUCCCCAUGGCUUGGGGACACCUCAGGACUUGGGGACCCCUUCAAGGACAGUGUCACCUGCACGGCUGGGGACCCCCACACUGCUGCGGACAUCUCACAGCUUGGGGACACUCCAGGGCUUGGGGACAUCCCCAGGGCUUGGGGACACUCCAAGGCUUGGGGACACUCCAGGGCUUGGGGACACCGCGCUCCUGGGGACCCCCCCUCACUGCCAGUGUCCCCUGCACCACAAACGUCACCUGCACGGACAGGGACCUGUGGGGUGACGUCACCGGUGUCACUGUCGGGGACCCUCCCAUGGCUGGGGACCCCCACAUGGACAGUGUCACCUGCACGGCUGGACAAUGUCAC